AUGAUAAAUAUUCCUGAUCCGGAUUUAAAAACGAUCGUGAUAAUAGCGUCGUUAGUGUCCUAUGUGGUAUAUAAUAUAUUAUUUUUGGUUGCACAACUCUGGGAAGCAUUUGCUACGUUGGUUUUAGGUUUGUAUUAUGCCUUAAUAUUUUACGGAUACAUGUAUAAAAAUAAAAAAGUAAUGAUGAUAGGAACUGCUCUGCAGGCGUUGGCAACGGUCGUAUUUUUUGGUUUGUUUGUAUUUUUUAUGGUAGAAAUAUUCACAGCACAUUCUCUUGUCUACCAUGUUCUUGUUUAUAUUAAAAAUAUGAAUGAAAAUAAGCGAGUUGAAGUUGCCCGAAACUGCUCUAUUGCUAUGACGAUUGACAGCCUUAUCACAGCUGUUCUGCAUUUUUGGGCCCUGUAUUUCUGCGUCAAGGAAUGCAAGUUCACUGAAUCACCAUGGAUGACGGUUGUGAACGCCUUCGAAGGUCUACGAUUUCAGCGGGACCAAAGUGGAGGCUCAUUGGAGACACCUAUCGCAGCGAUAGCAAUCCAUACAGAGCUGGAAUACCCUGAACAAACAGAUAUUCCACGACUUCGUACCACUUCGUACGGUGAAAUUGUUGGCGUGGAAUCACGGAUUGGAAGAGGACGACUUUCUGAUCGUCACAGAUCCAUGCCUACGACAACACGUACCGCAUUCUAA